GUUUAAGUCAUCGGCAGGAGGAGAGGACCUUCCGCUGCCGUGUGUUUUGUUGUGACAGCUCUGUACAGAGAAUAAAAGCUGUACAGUAGAAGUGAACUAGCUGGUUAAGCAGUCGAUAAACGUGGAUAAACGUUUAACUACAGGAGACGGCUGCUGACAGUGCUAAGGUUAUCUGUCCUUUGAGACUUGACGACGAGGGAAAACAACGAAGUCUUCUUGUCGGAGGAAAAUGAUGCUCAGUGGAUGAAACCUCUUGUUUUUGAUUUUUCUUCAAGAGGAGACAUCUCUUUUCUUGUGGACCUUUCUCGAUGAAAAUAAGGACUAACGCCUCCGGAUAAGAAAACAGUGUGUGUGUUGACAUUUCUGUUGCAUCCUUGAUAUUUUUGAUGCUAGCUCACUGAUGUUUUGCUAGCUUCACAGGCUGCUACAACUUGUUUAUUCCGUAAAGAAUCAGGUUUUUACAAGCCAUCAGAUAUUCCAGUGUUAUUUCCAUGUUAUUGUAAGCAUGUUUGCAGCAGCAGCUAUGACGCUAUGUGUUGCAGCCUCUGCGUUGUUAUGUCACUGUAGAGCUAACAGAUAGCUCGCUGUCUGCAGCUGCUCUCAGUCUUUUGCACGGUCAUGUCCUGCAGGGCUGGCAUCAUGUAGACUGUCCCCCUCAACACGUUUUGGAGACUGGGGACACACAGUGUGCUUGUGAGGCUCCUUGGAGAGUAAAAAAACGCAAAGCUGGAUUGCAUCUAUCCAACUGGGUCAGCGACUGAGAGCUGGCACUGAUAUCUGUUCAGCUCAGGAUUGUUGCUCAGUCUGUUCUGUGUGACAUUACAAACAUCCCAUCACACUUAAUACGAGGGCAUGUGAGUGCACCAUGUCCUGACUGUGACUCUCCUUUAUGCAAUAAUAAGGCACACGAGCUGAACAAGAAUAUUUUCAUUAUUGAUCAAUCUGUUGAUGAGGUACAAGAUCAGUCUAUGAAAUGUCACAUACUUGAGAAAAGGCUUAUUGAAAUUUCCAAGCACCCUAAAGUGAGGUCUUCAGAUUGCUUCUUUGUCCAACGAACAGCCCGAAACUUAAAUAUUCUUAAUUCGCUGUCAUAAAUGACAAAGAAAAGCAGCAUAUCAACACAUUUAUGAAGCUGGAAUCAACAUUGGUUGACAAGUUGUGCUUGAAAACUUUCUGAAUCAAUGAACUAUUGAACUAGCAGCCCAUCAUGAAAUAAAGCUGCAGUGCAAGAAGAACAAGCAUUGUCAGGACUCGCUGGAUUUUUUUGCUCCAGGAUUAUUUUCAAGGCAACCAUUAAGGUUUUACCCACCAGCUGAACCGUCAGCCCAUCACGAUGGAGACUGUGGGGGAUUUUGAGUACAGCAGAAAAGACCUGGUUGGACAUGGAGCCUUCGCCGUGGUGUUCAAAGGAAGACACAGAAAGAAGACAGAUUGGGAGGUGGCCAUCAAGAGCAUCAAUAAGAAGAACCUGUCCAAGUCCCAGAUCCUUCUUGGCAAGGAAAUCAAAAUCCUGAAGGAGCUGCAGCAUGAAAACAUUGUGGCACUUUACGAUGUCCAGGAAACACCCAACUCUGUGUUCCUGGUCAUGGAGUACUGCAACGGAGGCGAUCUGGCCGACUAUCUGCAAGCUAAGGGGACUCUGAGAGAAGACACGCUGAGGGUUUUCCUGCAGCAGAUCGCUGCAGCCAUGCGCAUCCUCAACAGCAAAGGAAUCAUCCACCGAGACCUGAAACCUCAGAACAUCCUGCUGUCGUAUGUGGGCCGCAAGAAGUCCAACAUCAGCGGCAUCCGCAUCAAAAUAGCUGACUUUGGAUUUGCGCGGUACCUCCAGAGCAACAUGAUGGCAGCUACUCUGUGCGGCUCGCCCAUGUACAUGGCCCCGGAGGUCAUCAUGUCCCAGAACUACGAUGCCAAGGCCGACCUGUGGAGCAUAGGCACUGUCAUAUAUCAGUGUCUGGUCGGAAAGCCACCAUUCCAGGCGAAUAGUCCCCAAGACCUGAGGAUGUUCUACGAGAAGAACAGAAACCUACAACCUAUCAUCCCACGGGAGACGUCUCCACCGCUGAGCGACCUUUUGCUCGGGCUGCUGCAGAGAAAUCAGAAAGACCGGAUGGACUUCGAUGCAUUUUUCAGCCAUCCUUUCCUGGAGCCGACGUCCACCAUUAAAAAAUCGUGUCCGGUGCCGGUCCCCAGUGCCUCCAACGCAGGGACGGACAGUUCCUGUGGCAGCUCCCCGUGCAUCCGCUACAACUCCCCUCCUUCUCUCCCGGACAUGCAGACACUUGCAGAAGAUGGCUUGUCCUCCCCGCCGCUCGGCCCGCCCAACUUCCUGCAGCUAUCUAAAGAGUCAGCAGGAAGCACGAGCAGUAAGAACUCGUCCUGCGACACUGAUGACUUUGUCCUGGUGCCGAACAUUUCAACUGACAGCUAUGAUCAGCCAAUGGGAGUGGCUCGUCGACCGUCCAGUGAGUUCCUCAUGUGUGGAGGGCAGCAGCAGCCGACUUCAGGACAGACCCCCAUGGUGUCCCCACGGGCCGAGACCACCCCCAUCCCUGUUCCCACUCAGAUCCGCAACUACCAACGCAUCAAGCAGAACCUCUCCAGCAGCCCGACCCCCGCACUGUACACCUCCCCCAGGUCUGGAACAGUGAGGCGCUCCAACACCAGUCCUAUGGGGUUCCCUAAGGUGGGCUCGGGGUCUCCCAGCUCCGCAGACGCCCCUCAGACGGUCAGCAGGCGUCUCUCCACCGGCAGCUCCCGUCCUUACUCCCCUUCACCUCUGGUUGGGACCAUCCCCGAGCAGCUGGGUCACUGCUGCUGUCACCUGCAGAACCACGAGCCUCGAAGCCGCAGCUCUUCAGGAGGAUCCCCCGUCCCGUCCUCUCAGCUCCUGGGAGCUCGGCUACAAAGCGCCCCCACCCUGACCGAAGUCUACCAGACCCGCAAGCUCCACAAGCAGUUAUCAGACCCUGUUCAGCCCUCCUCCUCUUCCUGCAGUCACUCCCCUCAGCUCGGCAGACCGGCCAGUCUAGGCUCUUCCCCUACCAAGCUCCUGGGGACAUCCCCGCGCACGUCCGACUGGCUGCAGAAGUCCCCACUGCCGACCAUCAUCGGCUCCCCUACUAAAACCAUUUCUGCCCCAUUCAAGAUCCCCAAAACUCAGGCGUCCUGUAACUUGAUGGCACUAGCAGACAGCCCCGUGCCCACCAAGACCUUGGCAGAUGCCCGUGAUAUCUGCGCCCACCACUGCAGCCCGUACCUGAGUGGACGCCCAGCUGCUCCAGAGGGCAGCAGGACAUUUGGCAGGUCAGUCAGUACAGGUCGUCUGUCUGAGCAGCCAAUCAGAAUCACGCUUGGUGGACAGGCCUAUCAGGGGAGCAACGACAGCUUAAACACAGAGCGGCCCAUGGACACAGCCCCUGCAGGUCCCAGCGGGCUGGUUCAGUGCGGGUCAGCCAGUCCUCGUACUGUCCUUUUCACUGUGGGUUCACCGCCAAACAGCAGCACUCCUCCCACCUGCAGCCACCUGGGCACACGACCACGCACCACCUCAGUGGGCUCCAACAGCUCGGGUGGCUCCCUGUGCUCCACCAGCGGCCGGGUCUAUGUGGGAUCCCCUCCAGGCAUGGCCAUGGGCUCCUCUCCUCCUGGUGGUUUUGGUGGAGGACAGCUUGUCACCGGGGCCGAGGGCGCGCCCAGCAGCCUGCGAUACGUCCCCUAUGGAACUUCUCCUCCCAGCUUGGAGGGAUUCAUCACAUUCGAAGCCCCUGAGCUGCCUGAGGAGACUCUCAUGGAGCGUGAGCACACAGACACCCUGAUGCACCUGCGGAUGAUGCUCUCAUUCACCGACUGCGUCCUUGAAAUGGCGGCAAUCAGGGCUGGAGGGGCAGAGCUCGGCGUGUCAGCCGCCUCCAUCUACCCUCCCCAGGACAGUGUGGUCGUGGACCAGAUCAGCCAGCUCAGCAAAGAGUGGGGGCAGGUGGAACAGCUGGUGCUCUACAUGAAGGCUGCACAGCUCCUGGCUUCCUCCCUCCACCUUGCCAAAGCUCAGAUCAAAUCAGCCAAGCUCAAUCCCUCCUCCGCAGUAAAACAAGUGGUGAAGAGUCUGAACGAUCGGUACAAAAGCUGCAUCUCCCUCUGCCGGCGGCUGACCGACAAACUGAACCACUUCUUCUCUGACAAGCAGCGAUUUGUGGACGAGAUUAACAGCGUCACCGCGGAGAAACUCAUCUACAAUCAAGCUGUGGAGAUGGUUCAGUCAGCAGCUCUGGACGAGAUGUUCAAGCAGACGGAAGAUAUCGCCUACCGCUACAGCAAGGCGGCCAUGCUGCUGGACGGCCUGUCCAAGAUCCUGCAGGACCCGACGGACGUCGAGAACGUGGUCAAGUAUAAGGCGAGCGUGGACCGCAGGAUCUCCGCCCUCUGCUACUGCACCGUCACACUGUACGAGUAGCAUCACACACACACACACACACACACACACACACACACACACACACACACACACACACACACACACACACACACACAGAGGGAUUGCAGCAUCCUGAGACUGUCAACCUUCAUCCUCACAGAGCUGCUGGUCACUCCUGUAGCAGUUCAAGCACUUUUCAUUCGCUCGUUUUCAUCUGUAUUUAUCAUCAGUUUUUGUUUUUUGUUUUUUCUGGCUGCAUCACAGACUGAAUUGUGACUGAUGCACAAACUUCCAACCAAAGAUGACAAAAAUAUCCACAAACUGAAGGCUGUAACUGGAUGAGGACAUGAUGCAUGCACUUUGCGGUGCAUUUCUUUUCCUACACUAUAAUGGUGGACCUGAACUAUACGUAUAUAAAGACUAAUGUCUGUCAUUCAGGAUAUCAUUUGUUUUUUACCAGAAGAAAAAGACAUUGUACAGGACUAUGAGGCGGUUCAUCUUUUUAAAAACCUGCUUACUCUGUGAUAUCAGUGGUUAUUUACUCUGUUUUUUAGGUUAUUAUUGAUCUUAUUUAUUGGUUCAGAAGACGUUCGAAUCUCCUGCUUAUCUUGAAAACCUCAAGUAUUGGAGUGAAAAGAGACAGAAGAAAUUAGCAAAAGGCUGACGGCCAAUCACUGUAACAGAUUGGACCCAGAAACAACACAAACUCCUGUUACAGAAACCACACAGCCGUGUUUAGUCAGUGAGGAACCUGUAGAUUUGAAACUGCUUUGUUUUUAAUUUUGUUUUUAAUUUUGUUGUGUUGUUAGCCGAAGCACUUUAUCGCAGUUUGUGGAGGAGACGAGUAUCUGUAAUAAGUUCUGGAGGUAGAUAUGUGAAGGCAGACGGGGGAGGGGUUUUCAAAUCACUCCUCUUACACCCCCAAACCUACCUGCUUUAUGUGCAUGAGCAACAAGUCAUCAGAAUGCAUACAUUUCCCAUAAGGCCGAGCAACCAGGGAAACUCGGAACAGCCAAGACUUGUUGGCUGCAGCUCAACUUGACGACAAUUUACUUUCAAAAUAAGAUUGAUUUUACUAAAAUUACUACAGCUGUUUAUGUUCUGUCAGUAUCAGUAGCUACUUUUUUUUUAACAAGACUUGAUGUUGCAAAAUUGUAUAUAUUUAUAAAUAUGUGAUGCAUGUGAUGAUUCCUUCUUCCACUUCUGGGAGGAGGAGUGAGAGUGUGUGUGUCUGUGUGUAUGAGAUCAGAGUUUUUGGGGGUUUGUUGACGAUACCGUCAGCCUGUCAGUCAAAGAGCACAAAUCUUUAUAUGUACAUAUAUGAAUUUGAUACAUUUUAUCCAUGUCUGCCAAGGGGCUUUGAUAAGGAUAAAACCUUUUUUGGCGCAACAGGGUUGUGCUAAAAAAAAAAAAAACUCAUGGCAGCUUCAAAACUUUCCAGAAAACUCUUUCUACACAGGACUGUUGAUCAAUACACACUUAUCUGUUCAGUGGGUCUCAUGAAAUUUUCUGAAAUGAGUGUGAAAUCAUCAGAUUUCUCACUUAAUUUAUACAAUUUUGUGAGACUUGAAUUGUCAAAAUCUGCACUGCCUAUCGUCCACUUGGUUCCUCUGCCUCCCUUCAGUCGUCUGCUGUGCUACCAACAGUGUAUGUACUGUAUAUAUGUUUGUAUGAGUGUGUAUUUAUAUAGAAAAUAUACACACGAGCACUUGCCAGGUGUGCAUUAAGGCCAGUAGGAACAGACAACGAUGGAAAAAAGGAGGUGCCUUCUUGUAAAAGCAGACAUAGGCCUACUCCUUUGUACAUGUGUGAAUAAAUUCUUUUUCAGUGUAAAAAUGUGUAUAAAUGCAUUCACAGGCACCCAGCGGCCUGUUUCUCUGAUGUACUGUUCUUUUUCCUACACAUAUCCGGGUUUUUAAGUUUUCCUCAUCCUCGUCAUGAGCACUCUGAACCACACGAAGCCUUUUACUGCACACAGAGUGACGAGGGACAAAUAAAUCUGACAGAAAGCCCACCUGAAUCUGCUCCUGUCCAUGGACUGUCACUAGAGGCGGACUGUUUUGGAUAAAGCAUGGGUACCAACCGAGUCUGCAUUUUACCCUGUAGAUCCUCUAGAUUAUUGAAUGUAUGUUCCCUGUUGUUUUACGCCUCUAUUGCUUGUUCUGAAUGCAUUUUGAAGAACCCCGCCGUCAGUCAUGAUCCUGAAAAUGCAUCUCUAUCCAAGCACCGAUUUUUCGAAGACAAAUGUCAAUGUUGUGUCUCACCAAGGGAUGUCUCUCUGUUCUUUAUGGAACACAAAUACAGUCUUUGUUAUUAAAAAGAGAAACAAUAAA